AUGUCUCUCUUCAGGGCAUUAAAGAAAACCUUCUCGGUAAUCAAAAAGAGCCUCUUCUCAAGAGAAACGACUGAAGCAGUGAAAAUGGAAACCACAAAGAUUAAUAUGUCCCGCAUCCCCCUGGUUAAUGGAGGGAUUGACACUGCCAUGCUCAAGGCACACAAACCUCGUGUGAUGUCCAAAAGCGGUCACAGCAAUGUGCGGAUAGACAAAGUUGAUGGCAUUUACCUACUCUACCUUCAAGAUUUGUGGACUACAGUUAUAGACAUGAAGUGGAGGUACAAACUAACCUUAUUUGCUGCUACUUUUGUUAUGACCUGGUUCCUCUUUGGAGUUAUCUACUAUGCCAUUGCAUUCCUUCAUGGUGAUUUAGAAAUAAGCAAGUUUACCCCAAAGCAUGAGCCAUGUGUCAAGAACGUAGACUCUCUGACUGGGGCAUUCCUUUUCUCCCUGGAGUCACAGACAACCAUUGGUUAUGGAUUUCGUUUCAUCACUGAGGAGUGUCCUCAUGCCAUUUUCUUACUUGUGGCCCAACUGGUCAUCACCACCUUGAUUGAAAUCUUCAUCACAGGUACCUUUCUGGCCAAAAUUGCAAGACCUAAGAAAAGGGCAGAGACUAUUAAAUUCAGCCACUGUGCUGUCAUUACUAAACACAAUGGAGAACUUUGCCUGGUGAUCAGAGUAGCAAACAUGAGGAAGAGUCUUCUGAUACAGUGUCAGCUGUCUGGGAAGCUUCUUCAAACAUACGAAACCAAAGAAGGGGAUCUGCUGAAUCAAGCCAGUGUCAAGUUCAAUGUUGACUCCUCUUCAGAGAGUCCAUUUCUCAUUUUGCCUUUAACCUUCUACCAUAUUUUGGAUGAAAGCAGCCCUUUGAGAGGUCUCACACCUCAAAAUCUCAAGGAGAAGGACUUUGAGCUUGUGGUGCUCCUCAACGCCACAGUGGAGUCCACUAGUGCUGUCUGCCAAAGCAGGACUUCCUACAUCCCUGAGGAGAUCCACUGGGGCUAUGAGUUCGUGCCUGUGGUUUCUCUUUCUUCAAAUGGAAAAUAUGUUGCAGAUUUCAGUCAAUUUGAGAAGAUUAGGAGAAGCACAGAUUCUACUUUUUAUAGUAUGGACUCCGAAAAACAAAAACUGGAGGAGAAAUACAGGCAGGAGGAUCAAAGAGAGAGGGAACUGAGAACGAUGUUGUUACAGCAGAGCAAUGUUUGA